AUGUGGCGCGUUCUGUCCCUGCAGAUUUUCUGCUGUGUUUUACGGACACUCAGUGCUCUGGCGGCGGAUUCAACCCUGGACUCACCCGGCGAGGAGCUGCGGUUGACCGGAGCCGUGGAGCUCAUGGAGACGGACAGAAGUGCUCCCUUCGCGGCUACCAAAGCGGAGGGUCAGCGGGCAGGUGGGCCCCGGCUUCUCGGUGUGGAGCCCACCUCCGAGCCUCUGGAGGAUGAGCUGGACAACCAGGAGAAUAUAAUAAGCCAGCUGCUGGGAGAUUAUGACAAAGUAAAGACCGUGUCAUCUGGCUCAGACUGUGUGUGCCGCUGUGUGGUUCGACCAAUCAGACGCUCUGACUGCAGCCGUAUCCAUGAGGGUGAUUCUGCAUCGCAGUCCCAGGACUUUUACACUGUUGAGACAAUCACCAAGGGAUCAGACUGCAAGAAGUGUGUGUGCAUGGCUCCACCUUCAGCUGUUAACCCCUGCGAAGGAGAGUACAGGUUUAAAAAACUACAGGAGGCAAGCAAAGAUGACAUCAAGAUGGCUACCAUCAUUGACUUAUUGGAAGGCUCUAUGUAUGGACUGGACUUGUUAAAGCUUCACUCUGUCACUACCAAACUGCUGAGUCGGGUGGACAACAUGGAGAAGGAUUUUGCACGAAAUUUAACCGAAAUGAUGAGAGAGAAAGAGCGCAUGAAGGAGAAAGCAAAAGAAAAGGACAAAGAAAAGAAGGCUCAGCAGAAGAAAAAGAAAAUGAGCGAUUUGGAGCGUUCGGGACCGAAAAUUGGAGCAGGUGCACACACUCACAAGCAGAAAAAUAAUGAAAGCCAAUUGAAGAAAAAUCAACAGCAAGAUGGUUUGGAGCAACAGAAACCAACGAGGAACGAGACAGAAACCAAAAGUUCAGUCAAAGAAAAGAACAAUGUGUUUAUCAGAGGCGUGACCUUUUACAAAGCAGAUGAAGAGAGUUACGAAGGAGAAGAGGAGCAAAAGAAAGGAAGAGGAAAGACUAGUAAGUUAACCACUGACGCUGAAGAAGACUCACAGAUUUAUGUCAAGUUGCCAUUUGCCACCAAUAGUCCUGGACCUUCAAGAACCUUUUUCAGAGAAGUUGACCAGAAGUCCAUAUCAAAGAGUCAGAGCGAUCAUUUACCCACACGUCAACCGAAAUCAACCACCAAGCCAUCUCCCGUCAAACCAACGAAAACGGCUUCACAGGAGGUGACGACCAAACUCGCAGCUGCAUCCCAUCAAACCCCACCGGUCACCGAGCGUCCUACGUCACCUUCAGACACCAACAUCAAUCCGCCCAGCGAUGCACUUCCAACUGCAGCGUCCCAGCCAAAACCCAAAAGUCGACUCAGCUGGACGGAGAGCCCUGCUGACCAACCCAAGGUCACCAAAAAACCAGGUGUGUGUAAGGACACGGUAGCCAGCAUCUCCGAGCCGGUCCAGCAGAACCUCUACGGUCUCGGGGAUGGAGCCUGGAUGAAAGAUGCUCGUGGCCACGGCAAUGUCAUCUACCUCACCAAUGGUCACUAUGGCAACAGUCUACUAGAAUUUCGGGAUAUGGACACUUUCAUUUCAGGUCAGGCGAGUAAUACAUACAAGCUGCCCUACAGUUUCACUGGAACAGGUCAUGUCGUGUUUAACGGAGCCUUUUACUAUAACCGAGCGUUCAGCGGAGACGUGAUCAGAUACGACCUGAGACACAGAUACGUUUCUGCCUGGACAACACUACAUGAUGCUUUACUGGAGGAGCAAACUCACAGGACACAAACCGAAGUGGAGUUUGCUGUCGAUGAGUCGGGCCUCUGGCUGCUCUACCCGGCUCUGGACACGGAGGGCUUCCACCAAGAAGUGAUCCUGCUCAUCCACCUCCAUCCUCGAGACCUUCAGCCUAUACGCACCUUCCGCACUGGCCUCCGGCGUGGUCGUUACGGCAACAGCUUCCUCGUGUGUGGCGUGCUGUACGCAGUGGAUAGUAUGGAGCGUCGCUACGCAAACGUGACGUACGCCUUUGACACGCACACGCUCACGCACACCGUGCCGAGCCUGGCGUUCACGAACACACACAUGCACACCUCGCAGCUUUCUUACAGCCCGCUGGAAAAGAAGCUUUAUGCGUGGGAUAACGGACACCAGAUGAUGUAUGAUGUUUUCUUUGCUUAUUAGCCUGAUGGAAAAGUGAGUCGGAUGGAUGU